ACCAGAGUGGAAACGCUUCCCUCAUUAAAAGCUUCUUUGCUGCUACUCCCAAGUCCGCUCCGCUCCAGAAAAUGGUUGUGUAAACAGAUGGUCUGUAAGACAGGUUGCAGUCGCUGCCACCCGGAUGGUUCUGGCGGGAUAUCAUCAAGUAUCUGAGGCCUUAUUUAAUCGAACAUUGUCAGCGUUAUAGGAGGAGGUGUUUGUUUAAACGUAACCCGAACAUACGGGUUCCUCAGGGGAAACUCGGCUAACUUGUUAGCAGACGUGCUGCGUGAUAUUCCAGGUUUCUUUCUUUUUAAGCACUCAGUUUACAACGUCUGAGCGAUAUUCUAUUUCCAAACCCGAGUGAAUAUUACGCAUUUAGCUGGUGUUUGUAGCAAUAAAUGCGUGAGUUAACAAGUUUAGCUAGUUUGGUGGGAGUGACAGUGGAUGCAGGAGGCCUGAGUCACAUCUGCCGGACAUAUUUAUUCUAAAACACAUUUUAACAGCCUGAGAUGCUCCUCUCGUCUUACAGUAUAUAAACUACACGAUUAGCAGUUGUGUCCAGUGCUCUAAAGCUUUAGAAGUUUGCUAGCUCGCUAGGUUGAGACAUGGUAGGAGUGGAAAGAAGCCUUGCCCACCAACAUCCUUACAAAAUUCAGCAUCUGUCGAGUCGGUUUUGUGGAGAUAUCUGAAGCUCAGUCCAGUUUUGGAGAAGCAGGAUCAUCAUCGUGUGCGUGUGCUGAUGUUGUGUGACUGGCCUGCUCAUCUGGAUCUGCGCACAUUGCUGUCUGCUUGAGCUCAGCUGGUCUUUCUCCUUAUCAAGUUACUGAACAACGACCACCAUGUCUGACAACCAAGGCAAUGUGAACAACAACGUCCCUCUGAACAACAACAAUAACGGUGGGCUGAACCGGAUCCGGAACCCCGCGAUGAACCAGAACCCACUGAUCAACGUGCGAGACAGACUCUUCCACGCCUUGUUCUUUAAGAUGGCAGUCACAUACGCCAGACUCUUCCCACCGUCCUUCAGACGAAUAUUCGAGUUCCUCGUCUUGUUAAAGGCGUUGUUUAUGCUCUUCAUCCUGGCCUACAUCCACAUUGCCUUCUCACGCUCUCCAAUCAACUGCCUGGAGCACGUGCGGGAGAAAUGGCCCCGCGACGGCAUCCUGCGUGUGGAGAUCCAGCGCAACUCCAGCCGUGCACCCAUCUUUCUGCAGUUCUCGGAGACGGAGGGAAUCCAGGGCCUCGUGAAAGAACCAGAGGACGGAAGUGAAACCAGAGAGCCAAUGGUGCCCGCAGACACUGAAGAGGAGGAAGAGAUGACCAUGGAGAUGUUUGACAACAGCACAGUACGGUUUGAGCUCGACAUCGAGCCACGUCUGAAUCCGUCGAUGAGUGGCGGUGUUCCUGGCUCCAGCCUGAAUGAAUCCCAGGAUCUGUCCUUCAGCCAGGCCCCUUCUAAAGGUAUGCAGCCACUGAGGGAGACUGUCUCCGAGAUUGAGAUGCUAACUCGAGCAGUGUGGCCCCAAGAAGAGUAUAUUGUUGAAUAUUCUUUGGAAUAUGGUUUCCUACGGCUGUCCCAGGCCACACGGCAGCGACUCAACAUCCCUGUUAUGGUGGUGACCCUGGACCCCAUGAAGGAUCAGUGCUUUGGAGAUGGUUUCAGUCGCUUCCUCCUGGAUGAAUGCCUGGGUUAUGAUGAUAUCCUGAUGUCCAGUGUGAAGGCUUUAGCAGAGAACGAGGAAAACAAAGGGUUUCUGAGGAACGUUGUUUCUGGAGAACACUACCGUUUUGUCAGUAUGUGGAUGGCUCGUACCUCCUACCUAGCAGCCUUUGUAAUCAUGGUUAUCUUUACUCUAUCCGUGUCCAUGCUGCUGCGGUACUCGCACCACCAGAUUUUUGUUUUUAUAGUGGACCUUCUCCAGAUGUUGGAGAUGAAUAUGACCAUUGCCUUCCCUGCCGCCCCUCUCCUCACUGUCAUCCUGGCUCUUGUGGGGAUGGAGGCCAUCAUGUCUGAGUUUUUCAAUGACACAACCACUGCCUUCUACAUCAUCCUCAUUGUUUGGUUGGCAGACCAAUAUGAUGCUAUCUGCUGCCACACAAAUACGAGCAAGCGCCACUGGCUCAGAUUCUUUUAUCUGUAUCACUUUGCCUUCUAUGCGUAUCAUUACCGAUUUAACGGCCAGUACAGCAGUCUUGCUCUGGUCACCUCCUGGCUCUUCGUUCAGCACUCAAUGAUCUAUUUUUUCCACCACUACGAGCUUCCGGCCAUCCUGCAGCAGAUCCGGAUCCAGGAGAUGCUGCUUCAAAAUCAGCAGGUGGGUCAAGGAAACCAGACUGCAUUGCAGGACAAUCUUAACAACAACACUAGCAGUGCUGCGCCCGCCGGCCAGGCUAACGCAGCCGCUAAUGCGAACACUAAUGGCCAGGACCGGCAAGCCGCUCAGGACCAACCUCAGCUUGAAGCUCACAACGGCUUGGUGGUAAAUACCGGUCUGCCCGGCGAACCAUCAAACUCCGACCUCGACUGGAUGGCCGAGAUCGCCAUUGGCCCGGACGUCCUGUCAGUUCCACACUUGGGCGACUCUCUUUUAGAGCCGGGAAGGAUCCAGGAACCGGCGUCGUCGGGUGCAGGGGUAACAGAGCUGGGUGCUUCGAGCACUGCAGGAGAGAACCAAGUCGGAAACAUUAGCGCAGCCAGUGCUCCUGCGGGACGGGGUUGUGCUCAGGGUCUGGGUCCCCCUGGUGGUGGAGGAGGGCAGACGGAAUCCGACACUUCCUCGCCAGUGACCUCACACACAGACUGCAGAGUUGCAGAAACGCUUAAAGGCGCCACGGACUGGGACGACAAGACGGAGAACAAAAGCGAGAGCUCGGACUCCCACUCUGCCCCGGCUUGAGUCGCGCACCCCCAUUCUGAAUGAAUGAAUCCACGCUCUACAGUCACCACCCCUCUCUGUAAAUUAUUCCAGAAGGCAUCAAGAGGAGAAGCCGUGAUGGAGUUUUAUGUAAUUACAUCCAGGAAAUCUCCAACUUGAACAUGAGGAGUGCCGAAGAAGACUUCCGCCAUCUAGUCAUGUUCUUAAGAGUAAAUUCGUAUUGAAUUGUCCAAAUGAUGCCAUGUGUGAGGGUGUGAUCAUUUGAAGUCUUUAUAUGUGGUUUUCUUUUUUUUAAUGAUUGAAACAUUUAAUACAGGGAGUAUUCAGUUUAAAACGUUGAUGGUAUCGCUCAAUAAUGGUACUUUUCGUUUCUCCUGAUUAUGUAGUUGCAGGUAUCAGUGGGCUGCACAGGCGGCAGUCUUACUUCCAAUCUGAAUACAAGUCACACUUUGCACAUCUCGUGCAAAGAUUGUUUUGGCUUUAUUUCCAUUCCUCUAAUGAUAUAACAUUAAUGCUGCCUACUUGAAGCAGUGAAAAUGAAUUGAGUCAUGUUAAAAUUGUUUUGGCCUCUACUACCUUGUUACUACCUACAGCAAGCCACCAAAAUGUUCCUUACGCGAUUUGAAAUCUUGCUUGCGACCGGCCGUUGCAUUCAGAUAUGGUGUUGUCCGAGGUAUGGAGCAGCUUGACUCCUGAAUCCAAUGCUAUUGGUGGUCAGAGUGCUUUGAUGUAGUUUAUUGGUCAAAAGAAGUGGACGUCAAAGCAACAUUGUAUUCCGAAUAAGUCCUCCUUCCACAUGAUCCUCAUUGAAACUGUCUAAAUCAUGGGGUCUUAUCUGUGCUUUGUAAUCCUCAUCAAGAGACAUUUGUUUUGUGGUUCAGACAGACAUUGUCUUUUGCACAGACUCAUCAGCGAGUCGUCGGUUUUUCUUCAGGUCAUGUCUGGCUUUGAGAGAUUUGGUGUAUAGAUUAUUGCCUUAUGCUUCUAAAACGGAACAUUAACCCUGUGUUUCCGUCUUUGGCCAAGUACAUUGGGGUCGAUAGCCUUACCAGAGGCUUCAAAGCCAGUGGAGAAAAUAGCAACUGAAGCAAGAAUGAACAUGUAGUUGCUUUAGCAGAAAAUUUUUUGAAACAGCCGUAAGCAGUGAAGGUCAGACUGUGCUCAUUUCACAGCAUUGCAGCCCAUCAGCUGAAGUCACUGAUCCAGAAGUCCGUUGUCUUUUCAUAUUCUGCUUUUGUAGAGGUUUCUCCAUAUGUUUGACUUGGGAAGAUAAGUGGCUGUCUCGAAUGAUCUUUGUGACCAUGUGUAACAACUUCACUAAACGCAUUGCAAACUAAGAGAACAAACAAAGGAAACUGUUGUCUGUUGUGACAGGUGACUGUGGAUGGGGAUGGUCAUUUAAAGGCUAUGCAACAAUAUGGAAAGUAAAAGCCAGGCUCUGGAUUUUUUUUUUGCUUUUCUUUCAAAUUGUGCAAUAUUUUGUAAGGCUCAGAUCCAUAAAGGAUAAUAGGUCUGAACGAGUGAUUUAUGGUUUUAUGAUCAGUUCCUCAAUAUUAUUUUUUUUCUGUGCCUAUUUGCCAUUGUCAGAGGAAACAGAUGAUUGUAGUGUUUAGAUGCAUUGUGUAGGAUGUCUAAACAGAAACUGAAAAAAAUUAUUCUCAGUUCUGUGAUUGUCAUUCAAAUGUAUUUAACUGUAAUGUUUAAAAAUUGCAUAAAGAGAUGAAAU